AUGACAUUAAGUACUUCAUAUAUUAUAUUAUGUUCAAAAUGUUGUCAGUAUUCGAUAGUUAUUCGAAACAAAAGAUCACGACUGAGAAUCUAAACAUUUUUGGCUAAAAGUAAAACUCGUGGCUGAUUCAACAAGAUUUCAGAAAUAAGAAUUAACAUGCUGUUUUUAAAAUUAUCAUUAAAUGGAUUAUUAAGUAUCAUUUCAAUAGCACUGGCUUUUCCUAUUGAUGAAAAUGUGGAAAAUAAAUGGUUCAAUAUGUUUAAUUACGAGUUAUCGAAUAAUAUAACAUCACUUCAUUAUGAUGUAAAAAUAAUAUUAACACAAAAUCAUAUAAAUGGCGAGUCUAAUACCUUUUUUAUAUUAAUUGUCCAAUAUCGAAUAUAAUUUUCAAUAUGCCAAUGCUUAUGAAAAUUGAUGAUAUAAAAUUGAAAUCAAUUGAAAAUGGAAUGAUUUGUCCAAUAAGUUAUUCAAUGCAUAUUAUUGGUGAUAAUCUUCAUUCCGAAAGACAAUUAUUAAUUAUUGAACCCUUCAAUCAAUUAAUGUUACAAAAAUAUUUAGAAUACGGAUCUUAUACUUUAUAUUUGAAAUUCUCAUGCCCAAUAACUCCCGUUAUAAUGGAUAUUAUGCAAACUUUGUAUGCAAAAGAAGAUAAAGAUUAUGGGUUCAUAUUCGCAGCAAUCCAGCCGAAAAGAGCUCGACAAUUAUUUCCAUAUUUGGAGCCAACAUUGAGAGCCACCUUCGACAUUUCUGUAGAACAUCAUAUAAAAUACAAAGUUUUAUCGAAUAUGCCGAUACAAGAAUACAAAUCUUUGAACGAUUCCACAAUGUGUACAGUGUUUCAGACGACACCUUUAAUAUCUAUAUAUGAAGUUGCAAUUAUAAUGUCUGAUCUAUCCCAGGUUCUUAAUUCGACUGAGACUGUGGUUAACACAUGGUGUAGACAACAUUUGAUACCUAACAUGAUAUUCGCGCAAUAUGUCGCAGGAAAUGUAACUGAGUGUCUAAAAAUGAUUUUAAGAUCUUGAAAAAAUUCCAAAAGUGGAUUUCAUCGCUAUUCCAAAUUUAGAAGACAGAAUCAAGCAGACUUGGGGACUCGUCCUUUACAAUGAAGCAAAUAUUAUUUACAAUGAAGAAUUACAUCCUGCUUCGUAUAUAAUAAUGCGCUCAAUAAUUUAUGAUAUAAUAUAUCAAUGGUUUGGUAAUCUCUUCGAUCCACUUUGUCGAUGUCAUCAGUUAUUAAAUGAAGGAUUUAUGAUGUUUUUCGAAAUACAUAUCAUCAAACAAAUCUUUCCAAAUUCUCAAAUAACAGAUUUGUUGAUAGUCCAAACUCAACAAGAUGCUCUUUAUUUAAACUCUUAUCUUGCUAUGAACUUUUUGCAAAAGACACAAGUAGUAUAUUUGAAGUUUAUCCAGAUCUUUCAUUUUCUCGUAUGAUGGGGGCCGCUUUAUGGCGCAUGUUGAAUAGUGUACUUCCUCGUUAUUCAUUGUGGAUAAAUUUAAAUGUGUAUUUGAACACUCGAUUUACUUAUUCUAAUUUGGGAACUCCCGAUGAUUUAUGGAGUUUAAUAGAGACUGGUGUACUCCGUAAAUUAAAAAAUAAACUAUAUAAUAAUCUAAACAUAAAACAGAUAAUGGAUAUUUGGACUACACAAACGAGUUGUCCUGUGGUAAACGUGAUACGAGAUUAUUCUCAUAAGUACGUAAAAAUAUCGAAAGAGAUUGACGGCAAAUUGGAUCAGAAACCAUAUUUUAUACCAGUGAGCUAUACUAAAGAAACGAACAUCGAUUUCGUUAAUAUCUCGCCACAAAGAUUCGAUUAUUUAACGCAAUCGAAUCCCGAGAUAAAAAUCGACUAUGAUAAUGAAGAUAAAUGGUUUAUUGCUAACAUAUUGCAAACUGGAUAUUAUCGUGUCAAUUAUGACACCAAAAACUGGCGAAUGAUUGCGCGUUAUUUAAACUCUAAUAAGUAUAGCAAUAUACAUGUUAUCAGUCGAGCACAAAUUAUCGAUGAUGCAUUCCAUCUUGCGAUAGAGAAAAAGCUUGAUUUCUCCAUAUUCUGGGAACUCGUGAGCUACCUAUGGCGAGAAAGCAAUUAUGUAGCAUGGUAUCCUAUGAUUAAAAUUUUUGAACGCAUAUCCGGUGCUUUGGCAUUUUCAACAACUCAUGAAUAUUUUGAGGAAAUAAAAAUGAAAAUAGAAAGCUUGUUUAAAUAUGUGAACAAGAAUAUGUACAAUCAAAAUAGCCCUAUCAUACUCUUGAACGACGAUCUUAACAAUCAUUUAAAACAAGAACUCACAAAAUGGGAUGUUUCAUCAAUAAUUCCUUGUGCGUGGAGAUGGCCAAAGAACAAUAUGAAUGGUAUUUAAAAGAUAUUAAAACUAACAAACUUUUGCCUGGGUGGAAAAAAUUGAUAUCUUGUAAUAGUUUAAAGACUGUUAACUUUAGUGUAUGGAACGAUGUAUGGAACAUCGCUGUGAAUGUAUAUAUGAAAACAUUUGAUUAUGAGAUGUUAAAAUUUCUUAGUUGUUCUGA